AUGGAUGCCGGAGUUGAAUACGUGGACUACGAAGGGCGUGACCCGCACAGAGCGUACACUUUCAUUAGGCAAAACUUUCUCUUAUUUCGGGUAGUUGCUGUGUGGAAUAACCUUCCACCGACAGUUGUUCACGCUCCACCUAGUACCCAGUUCAAAGCACUACUAGCUAAUUUUUAUGGGAAUCCUGGCGCUGGGUAUCCGCUGAACAAAAAGAACGAACCAGACCCCGAAAACCUGGGUGAAAGCUUCGGUCCUGUGUAUGAAUGUGUGAAUCCCUGGCGCAAGCAACCAAUCAACGCCGGGGACGUUCCUUGUCCACCCGCUGACCUCCGUGUACUCUCUUGUGGGAGCUGCACCGUUUUCGGAGUUCAGUCCAAGAUGAGUGCAGUCUACCGUGCUGUAAUAAAUGUAGUGGACAAGGGGGUACCGUCUAGUAUGAGGCCAUUUUGGGAACAUCCGGCUGGCCCCAAAACCGUCUUUUUCUGGGCACCUACGAUGAAAUGGGCUCUUGUGAUUGCCGGAAUAAGGGACAUGGGACGGCCAGUUGAAAAGGUCAGCACUUUCCAGAGUGUAGCUCUUGCUCUCACUGGCUUGAUCUGGUCCCGUUACUCUCUAGUGAUAACUCCCAAGAACUGGAACUUGUUCAGUGUCAACAUAUUCGUUGCUGCCACGGGAUUAUACCAGCUAGGGCGUAAGGCGUUGGGUUUUGUUGCUAGGCCUCGCUUGAACAGUUCAAUACCGAACUCUGCCCCUCGACUUCCCCUGUUUAGGUCUGGGCAACCUGGCAGUAUCCGAGGCCUCGUGCUUCCUUCUGGUGGCAUGGAAGUUAGUCACCGAAAGGCUGCUGCAGUUGAACUUUCAGUUUUUCAUUUACCACCGAGUCGCUCUGUCAAUGCUGGUUUAUGUGGUAAGCGGCGUUCAUUUGUCAUGUCAGCAUGUGCCCCGACAAACUGUAGUUCUGAGGAUGAAGAAGAGGUACUUUAUAUAGAUCGGUCACGACCGCCUCAGUCCUUGAGAAAAAUGGACACAGUGUGGGAACUCUGGCAGUAUCCCAGCCGACGUACAACUAUGAUACAUACGUCUAACAGUGAUCGCAUGUCACAUCGGCAGUGGCGUGGUGCGUUCAGUCGGGUUGACUUACUUGCUGCAUACAGAAGGAUGUGUAAGCGAAAACAGCCCAUUAAUGACAUUCUCCUUGUAGGCCCAGCACUUAGGACUGAUGACUCCGUUCGUCCUGCAAUGGUUUUGCUAGUAACAUGUGCGUGUCAUCCGGUGCCGAGGUACUCAGGCAUCGAAAUCAGUAUUCAAGCCUCGACGCCCAAUCUGUCUAGCCGCCUUCAAUGUCCGCGCCCUGAAGCAAGCAGGACAACAAGCUACUCUUGCUCUUACGCUGGACUUGCUUGA